AUGCAAUCUUCCCUACCCCCGGGAAUCUCCAUAGUGAAAGCAGAAAACUUCGAAGAAUGGCAAAUGGACAUCCGGGUCCUGGAUGACUCCAACCCGCUCUACCUCAAUGAGACCUACCGACUGAAAUUCACCUUCAGCAAAAAUUAUCCCAUCGAAGCCCCCGAAGUCCAAUUUAUCUCUAUCCAACCCCCGUCCACGUCCACGUCUACAUCCACAUCCACAUCCACAUCCACAUCCACAUCCGCAACCACACCAGCACCAACACCCACGACCACACCCACACCCGCACCCACAACCCCAGCAUCAACCUCCCGACCCAUCCCCAUCCACCCGCACAUCUACAGCAACGGUAUUAUCUGCCUCGACCUGCUCGGAUCCGCCUGGUCGCCCGUCCAGACCGUCGAGAGCGUCUGCAUGAGCAUCCAGAGCAUGCUUGCGGGGAACACGAAGAACGAACGGCCGCCGGGCGACGAGGAGUUUGUGGCGCGCAACCGGCAGCGGCCAAGGGAUAUUCGCUUCUUUUAUGAUGAUUCGACCGUGUAA